ACAAACAAACAAAAAGAAAUUCUACUACUACUAUUACUACAACAAGUUUAAGUUUGAUUAGUGAAAAAAAUAAGAAAAAUGUUUAGUUUUUCAGAUAACGAUAUGUUUUCGAGGCGAUGUGUUUGGGUAAAUGGCCCUGUUAUUGUUGGUGCUGGUCCAUCAGGAUUAGCUGUUGGAGCUUGUUUGAAAGAAGAAGGUGUACCUUGUGUUAUAUUGGAACGAUCUGAUUGCAUUGCUUCGUUAUGGCAAAAAAGAACUUACGAUCGAUUAAAGCUUCAUCUUCCUAAGCAAUUUUGUCAAUUGCCUAAAUUUCCAUUCCCGGAACAUUACCCUGAGUAUCCUUCUAAGAGACAAUUCAUCGAAUACCUUGAAUCAUAUGCUAAACAAUUUGAUUUAACUCCACAAUUUAAUGAAUGUGUUCAAUCUGCUAAAUACGAUGAGUUUUGUCGAUUAUGGAGGGUGAAGACUGUUUCAGCUGAUGGAGCUGAGGUUGAGUAUAUUUGUCAAUGGCUUGUUGUUGCUACUGGGGAGAAUGCGGAGAGAGUGGUGCCUGAAAUUGAUGGACUGAAGGAGUUUGGUGGUGAAGUGGUUCAUGCUUGUGAUUAUAAGUCUGGUGAGAAAUUCAGGGGAAAGAAAGUGGUGGUGGUUGGUUGUGGAAAUUCAGGGAUGGAAGUAUCACUUGAUCUUUGUAACCAUGAUGCUCAACCAUCAAUGGUGUGUCGCAGUGCGGUUCAUGUUUUGCCAAGAGAGAUAUUUGGAAAAUCAACAUUUGAGCUAGCUAUGUUGUUGAUGACAUGGCUACCACUUUGGCUAGUUGACAAGAUUUUACUGGUUUUGACAUGGUUUAUUCUUGGUGACAUUGAGAAAUAUGGACUAAAAAGGCCAUCCAUUGGACCAUUACAACUCAAAAACAGUCAAGGGAAAACCCCUGUUCUUGACAUUGGUGCUUUGGAGAAAAUUAGAGCUGGGAAAGUUAAAGUUAUUCCUGGAAUCAAAAAGUUUUCAUGUGGCACCGUUGAACUUGUCACUGGUGAAAAACUUGAAGUCGAUUCAGUCGUUCUUGCUACUGGCUACUGCAGCAAUGUUCCAUAUUGGCUACAGGAAAGUGAAUUUUUUUCAAAGAAUGGUUACCCAAAAGCACAAUUUCCUAAUAACUGGAAGGGAAAAUCUGGCUUAUAUGCAGUUGGAUUUACAAAGAGAGGGCUAGCUGGUGCUUCUGCUGAUGCCAUUAGAAUUGCUAAAGAUAUUGGCAAAGUACACAAAGAAGAUCUCAAGCAAAAGAAGCAAAAAGUUCCAACACACAGACGUUGCAUCUCAACCUUUUAAUGAAAAUUCAACCUAUGUUGCUCGGACUUUGAUUAAAUAUGAGACGAGUGCGGCAUCAAAAGUCAUAAAAGAAAGAAGAAAAAAAAUUCCCUUCUCUUUUUUAACUCAAGGGGGAAUAUUUAUUAAAAGAAAGAGAUGUAAAAUAAUUGUGUAAAAAAUAAAAACAUAUAACAAAAAAAGCAGAAGAUGAUAACCAUAGGUCUGAGCCCUCUCCAAAAAGGCCCAAGUUUUGCUACAGUUUGGGCAUUUUGUAUUCAAGGAUGUAGAGGCUAUUUAGUUACCUCUUUUUCUUUUAUUUUGUAUUGACAUUUCAUAUAUACACACUUGUACAAUCACUACUGAUCAAUUCAUUUCAAUGACAAUAUUCCUUUAUGAGUUUAA